AAUUAGCAAAGAUAAACAGAAUGUUCAAGGAUUUUUAUAUUGAACUUUAAUCGCACGACGUCACGAACUAAACCCACAGUGAACACUUGAACAGUCCACACGGCUACCGCGACAGGGCAAGUCGCCAGUUGGCUACCGAUCGUGAUACAUUGUAGCUUCUGUAUUUAAUUUUCCUCAAGAUUUCCACGCAAUACAGUAUACGUAGUUACUUCGCUAUUUAUUAGUUUCAAUCGUAUAUAGUGUUUGUAAGAAAGGCGCAGUCGCUGUUAAGUGAAUUUAUUAUAAAUAAUUAAAUAUUUCAAAUAAGAUAUAAGUUGGAAUGUUAAAUUGAUUGUUAAUUACUCAAAGUUCCAUAAAGUUCAGUUCGAUAAAGUGCAAUCGAAUUCAUUAACGGUACAAAGAGCUAUUUUUAAGUAUGCUUGUAGCAAAUGGGAUUGAAAACCAAAAGUAUUUAAACGGACCAGAUCAAAUAAUACCAGCUGAAGAUUACAUAAAUUGGCGACCAGGAGGACAUGUUAAAUUAAGAAUCGGGGCCAGAGGAACUGAUUCAGAACCGCCCAUCUCAGUUCCUGGCCUUCUCAACCGUACCGUCGCGAGGUACCCAGAUGAACCUGCACUAUUUUCAAAGCGAAAUGGCAAAUGGGAAAGCAUCACAUACAGGGAAUAUAGAAAUAGAGUUCGCAUUGUCGCUAAAGCUUUCAUAAAGUUGGGACUUGAGCGUUUCAAUUCAGUGGGUAUCUUGGGAUUCAAUUCCGAAGAGUGGUAUGUUUCCGAUUUGGCCGCUAUCCACGCUGGUGGAUAUGUUGCGGGAAUAUAUACAACCAAUUCAGCGGAGGCGUGUUUCCAUUGUCUGAAUACGUCGCGAGCUAACAUUUGUGUUGUUCAGGACAAGAAACAGUUGGAUAAAGUUUUGUCUAUAAAAAGCCGACUGGGAGAUUUAAGAGCUAUUAUUCAAUGGGAGGGAAACGUGGACACUUCAGUACCAGGCGUUUAUAGCUGGCAACAGGUGCUGGAGAUCGGAGCUAAGGAGCCAGACACACAGUUAGAUUACAUAUUGAAGACGAUAUCUAUCAAUGAGUGUUGCACACUUGUAUAUACUUCCGGCACAGUGGGUCAACCGAAGGCAGUAAUGCUGACACAUGACAGCCUAACAUGGAACGCUUAUACCAGCAGUCUACGAGUUGUGAACAUCCAGCCUACGGUGGACCGGAUAGUCUCCUAUUUACCACUCAGUCACGUAGCAGCACAGAUCAUGGAUAUAUAUAUAACCCUCGCUAACGGCGUGCCUGUCUACUUCGCUCAACCGGACGCGUUGAAGGGCAGUUUGGUGCAAACACUCAAAGAAGUCCGACCCACCAGAUUCAUGGGAGUGCCACGAGUGUGGGAGAAGAUGCACGAGCAGAUAACAGCCGUGGGAGCGUCUAGGGGCUCUCUAGCGCGUUCCAUUGCUGCCUGGGCUAGAGACAAGGGCACUAAGCACCAUUUAGCUAGGAUCAACGGAAUCUUCUCGUCCGAUAUGAUUCCAAUGCCGAUAGAUUUAUCUGUAACGCAAAUGAUACAGUACUGGUACGAAGGUACGACAUGCGGUUAUAAGUUAGCGAAAAAAAUGGUAUUCAAUAAACUCAAGGAAUCACUUGGAUUCGACAACUGCCAGCUGUUCGUCGCAGCUGCAGCUCCCCUCUCGCCUGAUGUCAAGAAGUUCUUCCUCUCCUUAGAUAUACCAAUCCUGGAUGCGUUUGGCAUGAGCGAAGUUUCAGGACCUCAUACACUGACCGCAUAUCCAAAGUUCAGAGAGGAUGGCGCGGGGGAACUACUAGAGGGAACCGAGACCAAAUUGGGAGGAUCCGAAAGCGUAAAUGGACCUGGAGAAUUAAUGAUCCGGGGUCGGCAUGUUUUCAUGGGUUACCUGAAUGAUGAAGAAAAAACGAGGGCUGCUUUCGACUCUGAGGGGUGGCUUCUGACGGGUGACAUUGGCAGAGUAGACAGUCAGAAUAUGCUUUACAUUACUGGAAGAAUAAAGGAUCUGCUGAUAACAGCGGGUGGAGAGAACAUAGCUCCGGUGCUGAUAGAGCAGACGGUGCAGGCUGAGUUGCCUCACGUUGGGUACGCGGUGCUCGUCGGUGACAAGAGGAAGUUCCUCGCCAUAUUACUGACCUUGAAGGGGAAAAUUGACCCAUCGAAUGGAGACGCAUUGGAUGAACUGGAUACCGAAGCGAAGAAAUGGGUUUCUGGGCUUGGAAGUAAAGCUGAAACCAUCAGUGAAAUUGUUAAGAGCAAGGAUCCUUUGGUUCACAAAGCGAUAGAAGAUGGAAUUAAUCGUGCAAACAAGAAAGCAAUAUCAAAUGCACAAAAAGUACAGAAAUUCUCCAUUUUGCCCGCUGACUUCUCUGUCAACAGUGGAGAAUUAGGUCCAACGCUGAAGAUAAAAAGGAAUGUCGUAUACGACAAAUAUAAAGACGUAAUAGAGAAUUUCUACAGAGAGUGAAUUAGUUAGGAAUGGAUCGGUUAUUGAUUUUGCUCAACUACUUAGGGAUUAUAGUGUUGUGAUUGGUAUAUUAUUAUGUAUAUUACGAUAAUUUGUAAAUAAUAUUUUUGACACCUUAAUAA